AUGUCAUAUUUAAAUAAUCCAGCUGUCGUUAUGGACAAUGGUACCGGUUUAACUAAAUUAGGGUUUGCAGGUAACGAUUCUCCCUCUUGGAUCUUUCCAACUGCAAUUGCUACGUCACAAAGUUCCAACACCAAAAAGGCAUCUUCCUCUUCUUCAUCUUCUGCUGCCGCUUUAGGUCCAUCCAAUACAGGAACUUCAGCUAACUCUUCCGCAACUCCAUAUUUCGGUAAUUCCACCUCUGCCACAUCUUUCAAUAAUUUAAAUAAAAACAUGUUAUUAUCUAACAAUUUAGCCGGUAAAAGAGGCACAGAAGAUUUAGAUUUCUAUAUCGGUAACGAAGCCCUAGUUGCCUCCCAAGGUCCAUCCUACUCCUUAAGUUAUCCAAUCAGGCACGGACAAGUGGAGAAUUGGGAUCAUAUGGAAAGAUUUUGGGAAAAUUCCAUCUUUAAAUAUUUGAGAACAGAACCAGAAGAUCAUUUCUUCUUAUUGACUGAACCACCUUUAAACCCACCUGAAAAUAGGGAACAAAUUGCAGAAAUCUUCUUUGAAUCAUUCAAUUGUGCAGGGCUUUAUAUCGCCGUGCAAGCUGUCUUGGCAUUGGCUGCAUCUUGGACCUCUUCAAAAGUCACUGAUAGAUCUUUGACUGGUACUGUUAUUGAUUCCGGUGAUGGUGUUACACAUGUUAUCCCCGUUGCAGAGGGGUACGUUAUUGGAUCAGCAAUUAAGAAUAUUCCAAUUGCUGGGAGAGAUAUUACGUUAUUUAUUCAAUCUUUGUUGAGGGAACGUGGUGAAGUGGAUACUUCUUUGAAGACGGCAGAACGUAUCAAACAAGAAUAUUGUUAUGUUUGUCCUGACAUUGUUAAAGAAUUCAACAAAUUUGAUAGAGAUGGAUCUAAAUUUGCUCAGUUUAUUGUAGAAAAUCAAGAACAAACAAGAAAGAAAGUUGUUGAUGUGGGGUAUGAGAGAUUCUUGGCACCAGAAAUUUUCUUUAAUCCUGAGAUUGCAUCUUCAGAUUUCCUAACUCCAUUACCAACAGUGGUGGAUCAUACUAUUCAAGCUUGUCCAAUUGAUGUUCGUAAGGGUCUUUAUAAUAAUAUUGUUUUAUCUGGUGGGUCUACUAUGUUUAAAGAUUUUGGCCGUCGUUUACAAAGAGAUUUAAAAUCUAUAGUUAGUAAUAGAAUUGCACAAAGUGAAAGAUUAAGUGGGACCAAAUCUACUGGUGUAGAUGUUCAAGUGAUCUCUCAUAGAAAGCAAAGGAAUGCUGUUUGGUUUGGUGGUUCAUUAUUAGCUCAAACUGCAGAAUUCAAAAGUUAUUGUCAUACAAAGAAAGAUUAUGAAGAAUAUGGUCCUGAAAUUGUUAGAAACUUUAGUUUAUUCAAUAUGGUAUAG